AACUUCAUAAGAGAACAGAAGAAAUCUAAAAAGAAGAACAAAUCUGAUUGGCUACGCUAUGCUAGUAAUAUCUUUUUGUCGCUCGAGAUUGGCUGAUGGUAGGAUCGUCGUCGCCUGUUAGUUCUACAAGAUCCUGUAACGUCGCGUCUCGUGUGCAGGAGCCGUAAUAACUACUGAUUAUCUCAGAUUUCGCAACGCACCGGACAAGCGUAAACGCGGAUCAGUUUCGGAAUACACUUUCUUUUAAGUAAAUAAGUGCGCUUAAAUGCAGUUCCGUAUAGAACACAUGUUUGAGUGAACAAGGUUUUAUCUUUUCCGUACGAUAUUGCGUGAGUCUGAUUGUUGCGAAGCAAGUGUUAACCGAACGGCCGUCGCGUUGAUUGCAUGUUUCGAAGAUAGCCAUUUUGGCGGGUGACGUGUUGUAUGCACGCUGUCGACAGCCAUAACGCGAUUCGCGGCGUAAACGGCGGAUUCGCGCGACUGAUCGUUAUGAGAAGUGCACGACCGCGAAUACGUGAUCGUCAGCGAUACGUGAAGCCAGCUUGGCGUCUUAGAAUGUCGGAAAAGUGCGAUUGGCGGGCGUACCGCUCGAUGGUAAACAGAGGAUUCGCCGCGUACAAUUUUCUGCUGCGCUAGGGGGGGCAAUGCACCAUGGGAACAAUUUACGACAGGCGCAUGCGCAUAUCAGUUUACAGUUGAAGCUUGGACGAAAAUGGCGUCAGCUAAGUUUCUGGAGGAAGCUCUGAGCACGGAUGUCGACGAAUCUGCAGUGAACGCGAUAGUGGGCUCCCUCGAGACGCAGCUUGUGACGUCCACGCCGACAGUGGCUGGACAUCAAGCGAGUUCCGCAUCGGUCAGCCAGCAGAAUCAUCAAGUGAACAGCGCUAUUUCCAACGGGGGCACCAUCGCCGCGGUGCAGCCACAGAAACAUGGGGUUUCGAACGGCGGCGGUGCGACUACUGUGAAUAGUCUGAUGACUCAAGAAGUCACAAAGUCCAUCACCACAAGCACUCUGCUGCCGGUGAACGUGGUUACCUCGAACACAGUGGCGCCACAGGUAAUUACCACGCAACAGCAGCAACCACAGCAGCAACAGCAGCAACAUACACAACCAUCAGGGAUACCUGCUGCUGCCUAUAUUAAUCAAGUGACCACCAACCAGGUGUCGAGUAAUCAAACUACACAUAUACCAAGCUUGACCAAGACUCAUGAACCAGUAAAGCUUAUCUAUCCCGGGCAAGUUAUAGCCACUACAGGGGUGGCGAAUGCGAAUAAUAAGCUUACUUUUCCUACCCAAACUGUUGGUCAGUUAGCAAACGGCGCCUUAGGUAUAACUACACAGACGGUACUGCAGACUACGUCGAACGUUGUUUCCAAUGUCGGUCCUGUCAGUCAGGCAGGCAGUCAAACAGUGACCGCGGUGAACAAGCCGACAGGUGCAGCCUUAGUGAUCAAGACUAGUGUAGCACCCGGUGGUAUGGUUUCUGUUCCAAUGUCGGUUCCAGUCUCUGUGGCUGGCAAUGCAGUUAGUACGGCAUUACAAGCUAAGGCUGGAGUUACUUCGACGAUAGUACCCAGCAAUGUUCAAAUUCUUAAUGUAAAUACAAUGCGUCCUGCUACACCAGUUACAGGACAGCAAGGUAAUAAGCAAAUUACAUCGAGAGUGGUGAUUGGUCAACAUCAAUUGGUUGGGACAAGAUCAGGGACUCCAGCGAUAACAUUACAGGCACUUCAAGGUCUUCAACCUGGUACUCAAGGUCAUCUAUUAUUGAAAACAGAAAAUGGGCAAUAUCAGUUAUUGAGAGUGGGUCCAGCUCCAACUGCAGGAACUGCGACUGGUACUGCGGUUACACCGAAUAGUAUAGCUGGAAAUGCAGUAGUUGCUGCACCAUCUCCAGGCACUACCUAUCGCCUAACUUCAGUUCCGGCUGUAAGUAGGCUGAAUACUCAGUUCACUGGUCCACCACUCGCCACCCUAAGAAAAUCUGUUCAGACUGUUGCUCCUACUAUCACUACUUCUACUGCAACUCCAGGAACAGUGACUACAGCACCUACAACUACUUCUGCACCAACGGCUACCACUGUUCAAACAGUUCAAACAUCCGCACAGCGUCAAACCACUGAUAAUACCAAAGAAAAGUGCCGUAAAUUUUUAGCAAACCUAUUAGAGUUAUCUAGUCGAGAGCCUAAAGUAGUAGAGCUUAAAGUCCGAACUUUGAUACAAGAACUGAUUGAUACCAAGGUUGAGCCAGAGGAGUUUUGUGAUAGGCUCGAAAAAUUACUAAAUGCAUCACCACAACCAUGUCUUAUUGGAUUCUUGAAAAAAAGCUUGCCGCUUCUGCGACAAUCGCUUGUUACGGGGGAGUUAGUCAUACAAGGAAUAAAGCCUCCUCCAGCCAAUGUUGUUUUCUCCAUAUCUGCGCCCGUUGUUCCAACUAUCACGCAGCAGACUCAAUACAGACCUGCAGUAGCAGUGGCAGCAACCGGUCCUGUAACAGCAACUGCAACGGCAACGACACAAGUAAGAGUGAUGACACCGCAUCCAACAGCAGUAACAGUAGCAGCCGCUGCUGCUCCUUCAGCGGUAGUUACUACAUCUGUAGUUCCACGACCUGCACAGCCUGUUCCACAGAGAUUGGUGCGACCAGUAACGACGGUGGUUCGUAGCCCUACCACAGCAUAUACUGUAAAAUCGACAGUAGCGGUAACUGGAAUUCGCCCCACUGCUCCUGUUGUGCAAAAACCACCUAUAGUCACAACGACGGUUGUAAAAACAGUCCCGACUACUACGCAAGCUAAAACAGUCAAUACAACCACUACUGUUAAUAAAGCCGUAGUGCCUUCUCUUGUCCAAAAACCGGCUGCAAAAGAGAAAGAAAAGAAGACAUUUUCAUCAGCAGGAUAUACGGCGGAUGACGACAUAAAUGAUGUAGCAGCUAUGGGUGGUGUUAAUCUUGCAGAAGAAUCUCAAAGAAUACUCGGUUCUACAGAAUUUGUCGGUACCCAAAUACGAUCCUGUAAAGAUGAAGUAUUUUUGCACAUGACACCAUUACAACAGAGAAUUAAACAAAUUGCAUCCAGACAUGAACUGGAAGAGCCCAACCAAGAAGUGGCAGCGCUAAUUUCACACGCUGUUCAAGAAAGGUUAAAGAAUUUAGUAGAAAAAUUAGCAGUCAUCGCGGAACAUAGAAUAGAUUUUAUAAAGGUUGAUCCAAGGUAUGAAGUAACACAUGACGUAAGAGCGCAAUUAAAAUUUUUGGAAGAUCUAGAUAGAGCGGAACGUAAGAGACACGAAGAGCAAGAACGAGAACUGCUUUUACGUGCCGCAAAAAGUCGUGCAAAAACGGAAGAUCCAGAACAAGCCAAAUUGAAGGCUAAGGCCAAAGAGAUGCAACGUGCCGAGAUGGAAGAAUUAAGACAAAGAGAAGCAAAUGUGACAGCUUUACAAGCAAUUGGUCCUCGGAAAAAGCCCAGACUCGAUACAGCAGGAUCAGCUAAUAGUCCAGGGAGUACUCCUGGUGCAAACGCGUCAGCAAGUGGAUUUAACAGACAAAUGCCAAUGAGACCACGCCUGAAGAGAGUGAACUUUAGAGAUUUGUUAUUCCUUCUCGAACAGGAAAAAGAAACAUGUAGAAGCACAACACUGUAUAAAUCGUACUUGAAGUGAUGCACUGUGAAGGGCAGGAACUUUAGUGACCCGCCCGAAAUCUGGCGCACUACAUACAUGGUCUUGUAUGAGCUGGCCUCGAUGGAUCGUGUGACGUUAUUUUACGUUGCAAUGUACAGCAUUUCACAUAUAGUACACUGUAAAUGGUGCACUGUAAUGAAAUUCAUUGGGAGUUGGCCUGGGAUUCCGUGUACAUUCAAGGUUAGAUUGUUUCAAUAUGUCGAUACUAAGCUUCCGGAUUGUAAAUGACUGAACAUUUUUUAAAUGUAAUAUACAUUUUUUAACUGUAAUAUAAUAGAUUGUUCUUUAUUUUUCAACACAAAAUCGCAUCAAUGAAAAGAGCAAUGUGUAUGAGCACAUGCCUCGCGAUUAGUCUUUAUAGUCUUUUCGUGAUAAGAGAGAGGGAAAUGUUGUGUGUGGCCAUAUAGACAUUAUUAUAUGGUGGAGUGCUUGAAUGGCAUUAAGUGCGUGAGAGAGUGUACAUUGUCACUAUAUAUAUAUACAUAUAUAUAUAUAUAUAUAUAUAAUAGCUGCAUUGUAAUACUUGACCUAUACUUUUGGACACUGUAGCGCUAGUGUAAAAUAAGCAGGUUUUGUUAUUAUAGUAAAUUGUAUUUUUGCAAAGUGUAAUGUAAUAAUAAUAAUAAUAAUAAAUAAUAAUAAUAAUAAUACCGUGAGCACACUGUCCAAAAAGUAUGGAAUAAUUUGUACAAUAUCUUACACAUAAUUACUGAAUAGUGAUAAUUUCAAUGUUGGUACAACAGAAUAUAGCUACUCUCCACCGGAAGUUGGAAUUGUUAUCAGUAUAUUAUGUUGUAAUCUACAUUUUCAGUGUUUAUAAAGAAAAUUAGCUGUUACGUUUUUUAUUAAAGAAAUAUUUACGAAAGUAAGAAUAACCAAUA